CCUCCUCCCCGCUCCCUCCAUCCUCUCCCAUGUCGUCGCCCCUCUUCUCCCAGCUCGCCUCGGCCGCCUCCUCUCCUCUGCCGUGUCGUCGGCCCCCUCCCCCCUCCUACCUCCUCCUCCCUCCUCCCAGUCCCGUGCCAGCCGCCGCCCAAACCUUAGCCCCCGUUUCCCUCGAUCCCCGCAGUAACCGCAUCCACAGCCACCCGCUCCUUCUCACAGCCGCCGCACCAUUCCUCCCUUCCGCCCCCUCCUCCUUCCCGGAUCCCCACCACGGCGCCGACCUGCAGGCAAAGGGCGACGAAGAGUGGCAGACGAGGACAACGAGGGAGAGAAAGAAGGGAGAUAAAAAGGAGGCCGGCGGCGAGGCCCAGCGACUAGCGCCUCUCCGCCUCAAGCCCCGGCAUCACCGCCACCAGAUCCACCUCGCAACCUCUCUUCCUCCCCUGUCUGACUGCUGCGUGGUCGCGUCAGGCCCAUGCCAGCGCCGCCGCCGCUGGAUGGCUCCGUCGGUCCCUCCCGCUCCAGAUCGAAAACUGAGAGAGCGACGGGAGGGAAGAAGGGGAUCGGCGGAGGGGAGAGCACGGGAGAGAAGGCGAGCUCGCGGCUGACCGCAGCGUGCGAGGCGGACGGGUGAGAAACAUUUGUCGUCGUGCCGCUGGCGGCUGGAGCUUUGGAAUGCGGCCGUGGCCACUAUUAACAAUUUGUAUUUGCAUUUUCUGAUGAAUUCGUCGAGUUCCUUUCUCUAUAUGCUUAGAUGCUUAUCUGUCGGAAAUUUUGUGUGACAACAGAAGUAACGGUGAUUGGUCUACUGUUCUUUUUUGCUGUCUAAAGUGUUCCUUCAACUAAUCCAGUAACCUGACAUUACUUUGUGUUUAACUAAUAUCAUUCUUAUCACAGUGAGUACAGAUAUUAUUCAGUUAGCCUCCUUUUCGUGGAAGAGGAGUGAAAGUGUAAAGGUUAGAAAUGGUGCAUGCUUGGAAGCUUAAAUCUGUAAUCAAGUUAUGAAAUAGAGUGCUGUAAGAGACACUUCUAUAAGCAGAGAUUGGUAUGAUGCUGCGAGGCAUGGGGUUUGACAAUACAACCUUCCUCUACGUUGCCUCCGGUAAAAUAUACAAUGCUGCAAAAUACAUGGGUCCCCUUCGCCGGAUGUUCCCUCUUUUACAAACCAAGGACACUCUUGCAUUGUCUGAAGAGCUUGCUGAGUUUGAGGGGUACUCUUCUCGGUUAGCAGCAUUAGAUUACACCGUCUGUGUUCAGAGCGAAGUGUUUGUGACGACUCAAGGGGGGAACUUCCCUCACUUUUUGAUGGGACACAGGCGUUACCUGUUAGGAGGGAAUGCAAAGACAAUAAAACCCGACAAACGGAAGCUGGUCUUAUCUUUUGACGACCCAAAUAUCAGAUGGAGUCGAUUCAAGCACCACAUGCUGGAAAUACUGCACCAUAGUGACAUAAGGGGCAUCGCAUUCAGGAAACCUAAUGAUUCCAUAUACACCUUCCCAAUGCCUGAUUGCAUGUGCCAACAAGAUGGAAUAUGAUCUAGGCAUUAGCAUACAUAACUGAGGGAUGCAUAUCCUCUGCCUUUGUGCAACAAAGGCACCAAAGGCAUGGCAUUGUUGACUGCAUGAUCAGGAUUUGAUGGUCAUGAUGAAAACUGGAGUGAAAUAAAGCAUUUGGUGCUUCUCAGGAGAUUCUGAAACCCUCUGGCAUACCCCAAACCGUUCGAUUCUGGAUAUAAUGGUCAAAAGGUGCCUAAUGACAAUGAAUUCCAUAGUAUCAGAAAUUGAGAGGAUGCGAGGGAUUUUGUAAAGUUAGUAAUCUGUAGGUAGUCCACCAUAUAGCAAUCUCCAUUUGUUCAAUCUGUAUGUAGGUUGUAAAGAGAAAAGAGCUACGAGAUUGGGUUGUAGAUAUGAGUACAACCUGAGUGCCUCGAUGUAUAUUUGAAAAACAAGGGCUAACAACAACAAAGAAAGGAAAUUUUCAGUA